AUGAAUCCUACUGAGAACAGCCAGAGUUUAAACUUCCUGCAUAGCCCUCAGGCCCAAUGGGAAGAAAGUGGCCUGAAGGGUGCUCAGGGCACCAUGGAUGAAGUGGGAGAGAUGGAGGUCAUUGCCACCAACUCAGGGGAUGUGUCUGUUGGAGGAACACCAAGUUCUCUGCAGAGUGCCCAGAGAGCCUCCUCUCCUCUCACUGCCAUGGGCUCUAUUGCAGGGGCAUCAUCAUGUGAGGCCUAUGGCAAUCCUGAAGCGGAAUUAGCCAACCCUGAGUCUCCCCAGCAGGGUGUGCUAAAUAGAAAGAUGGUUGAUUUGGUGAGAUUCCUGCUCAUCAAGUUUCGAAGGAUGGAGCUAACCACCAAAGCAGAAAUGAUGCAUGGGGCCAUGAGAGAUUAUGAGGAGCACUACCCUGUGAUACUUAGUAAGGCCUCUGAGUGCAUGAAGCUUAUCUUUGGCAUUGACAUGAUGAAAGUGGAUCCAUUUAUCCACUCCUAUUUUCUUUUGCCUGCUCUGGGGAUCACCUAUGAUGGGAUGAUGCAUGGAGUUAUAGGCAUACCCAAGACAGGCCUGGUUAUAAUCACACUUUGCAUCAUCUAUAUAGAGGAUAAUUGUGUUAGUGAGGAGGUUUUCUGGGAUGUAUUGAAUAGCCUUGGGCUGUAUGCUGGGGUUGAUCAUUUCAUAUUUGGUGAGCCCAGGAGUCUCAUAACUGGAGAAUUUGUGCAGGAAGGGUAUGUGGAAUACAGGCAGGUGCUCAAUAGCUGUCCUCCACGCUUUGAGUACCUGUGGGGACCAAGGGCCUAUGCUGAGACCUCCAAGAUGAAAAUAUUGCAGUUUUAUGCUAGCAUCCUUAAGCAGGAUCCCAGAUCCUACCCUGAAAAGUAUGCAGAAGCUUUGAGGGAAGAGGAAGAGAGGGCCUAG